GUGCAGCUGCUAUUCACGAAAUUAGAGAAGAAUUAUGGAGACCAAUGUUAAAAGCGAGUCGUCAACCUCCUCAGAAGAUCCGAACCCCUGCCCCAUCUGUCUCGGACCCAUUGUUCAAGACUCCUAUCUUGAUAAAUGCUACCAUAAGUUUUGUUAUGACUGUAUUGUACAGUGGACUAAAGUGGUUGCUAGGAAGCAUUCGAGCUUAGUUUCUUCGGUAAAGUGUCCUUUAUGCAAGAUGCAGACUGAGAGCUUUUCAAUCAUCUAUGGAUACGAUGGAACUCAUUUUCUAAGGCAUUAUAUUAGUCAAAACUCUGGGGAUAGGUUUUUGUUUUCAAAAGCCCAUAAGUAUAGACUUCAAUGCUAUUACACAGAAUCAGGUAUCUUAAAUGACAUAUUCAAUGUUUCUCGGUACUGGAAGUCUCAUAAGUAUCUUCAGUCAAAUCAGUGGCUGCAAGGUUGGUUGAGAAGGGAAGUCCAAGCUCUGAUGCAGGAGGAAGAUGUUGAAAUUAUUGUGCAUCACAUAGUUGGUGUGGUUGGUUCAUUUUUGAGGAGAAACGAGCAAAUGCGACGAGUAGAAAAACCUGAAGCAAAACAAGAAGAGUUCAAGGCUCUAGUCUCUGAUGCAGCAAGACCUUUUCUAAUGGCAAGAACGGAUCGAUUUGUGAAUGAGAUGGAACUUUUUCUUGCUUCUGGGUUGAAUAUUGAAGCCUUUGAUGCAGUCUACAUGCAACGGUUGGGCUGGAACUCUCCCAGAGUCACUAUUGAAUCCCCAGAAAGGGGAUCCAGUGGGCAGACUUCUGUAAUAGUCCCAUACUUGCAUAUCUUUGAUGAGGAUUCUGACGGAACUGAUUGAAUGUUUCUUGCUAUUUCUGAAGUUUGUUUUGACUUCGUUUAUUAAUUUACAGGGAUCAUUUAGGCCAUUAAUAGCUUGAGUUGUGAAAAAUACUAUGACCUGUUUGAGGAUCCUAAUUUCAGUUUCCUUUCACUAAA